GCAGGGCGGUCCGUCGGUAGCGGUUAGUUCACUUGCAUCCUUCCUCUGCGAUCCUACUAGCGAAUUCGACUGUAGACAGCUACCGACUUCCAUUCCAUAUCCUCAUCAGAAAAUGGCGACUCCGAAGUUCGGACCUGUUUCAUUGUUAAUGAUUGUUGCGGCUAGCUACCUGAUGGUAUCUGCUGCCGAAGAGGAACUGCCUGCUUCGACGGCCCGCCAAUCCAAACAGAUUUUAUUGGUACCUUCAAUGACGCCUGCGAACACUUUCCCAUUAGGUCUUUACGCUAGGGCUCCUUUGCCCUAUCAGUUUUUGAUGCCACAACAAGACCCUCUCCUCCGCACCGAUCUGAUUGACGAAGAACCAAAAGCAUUUGGAUGGCCCUACAAUAUGCCUUCGGUUUCAUCAGAUGAUGAUGAACAGGUGCCUUCAUGGAGGGGUUACGACUCAGUUGCUGAUCACGGUGGACUAAAGUGGUGGAAAAAACGAUUCAACAGACAAGCACUCAUUUCCUUGACUCCAUCAGCACUUGAAUGCCUUACGACUAAUAUUGCCACCGAUGGACUCGGACCGUGCAAGAGAGCAUCGCAAGCCAAUCAUGGAACCAUCGAAAUCAAAUUCCCCGAACCUGAACAGACAGCCGUCAUUGGAAUCACGGCCAACUCACCGGUCAACACCCGGGUCAUGCUGCUUUGUACUGUCCUAACAGACAUGGCUGUUUUUACGCAAACCGGUAAGAUUGGGGCCGUGUCGGACACACCUAGAACCGAAAUGGGAUACAUGCAAAUUAUUGCAACUAGCACAGCAGCAAACGCUGUCUUGAAAUGCCAUUGGACAUCAUAUCGCCAUUACACCGCCACAUACCCAUAAAGGUCUUGUACCUUUAACAGAUGCAUUUAGCCAAUCAUGACACGUAUUCCUGUACCCAUCCCUACCGUUAAAGGUCGUCAUUAAUUCGUCGAUGCACCACAGACUACAUAUCUCGAUGUGACGAUCUGUAGUAUUUAUUUCGUUUCCUUAAAACGGACUGAUUUUAGUUCAAUUACAAUACAAAUAUCUGCAAACUCCUUUCGAAUUAAGCAUGAAACACAAUAUGCAACUUGU